CUCGUCAAAUCUUUAUUGCUUACCAACUUCUGAAAACUACAUAAAGACAAGUGCAUAGAUAUACAAAUACACACAAACUACAUAAUUAUGGUGAAGUUUGAUACAAAACUAUGGAAAGCUGUGUUUAUUAUGUCGAUAAUUAACAUUGGGCUAAGCGGUGUAAACGUUAUGUUCAAGAAGAUGAUUGAUCAAGGGAUUAACCGUAUGGUUGCGACCACUUACCGACUUGCCGCAGGAACUCUGUUCUUGAUACCAUUUUCGAUUUUCAUGGAAAGACAUAACAGGCCAAAACUCACUGGUAGGAUCUUGUGCUCACUCUUCUUUAGCGCUCUUCUGGGGACAAGUUUGGUGCAAUACUUCUUUCUUAUUGGACUUGAGUAUACAUCUUCUACUUUUUCCUUAGCGUUUAGCAACAUGGUUCCUUCAGUCACCUUUGCGUUGGCUCUCGUCUUUAGGCAAGAGACGCUGAACAUCAAGAGCAAUGUAGGAAGAGCCAAAGUAUUAGGCACAAUGAUAUGCAUUUGUGGAGCUUUGGUGCUUACGCUUUAUAAAGGAACCGCUUUAACUCGAGAGCACAGUACUCAUAUGCAAACACAAACGAGAACUGAUUCAACCGGUGCAAUGACACAGAAGUGGGCAAUGGGUUCGAUCAUGCUAGUUAUAUCGAUCAUAAUAUGGUCAUCUUGGUUCAUUGUUCAAGCUAAAAUAAGCCAGGUUUAUCCAUGCCAAUACACUAGCACCACGAUCCUCUCUUUCUUUGGUGUGAUCCAAUCUGGUUUGUUGAGUUUGAUCUCGGAGAGGAGCAUGUCUAUGUGGGUCGUUAAAGACAGGUUCCAAGUUUUAGCUUUACUUUAUUCGGGUAUCGUUGGAUCGGGACUGUGCUACGUGGGAAUGUCGUGGUGUCUCAGGCAACGAGGUCCGGUUUUCACGUCCAGCUUCAUACCUUUGAUCCAAGUCUUUGCUGCCAUUUUCAGCUUCUCUUUUCUUCAUGAGCAAAUUUACUGUGGAAGUGUGAUAGGAUCAGUGGUCAUCAUCGUGGGACUUUAUAUACUUUUAUGGGGCAAAAGCAAGGAUAAGUCUGCGCCGAUUACCAAACAAGAACCAUUAAAUCUCGAUCUUGAAGGUUGUGGGACAGCACCAAAGGAACUCAAUAGUGCUGCCCAUCCAGUCUCUGCUAAAUAAUUACUUCAACAUAUAUUUAACUGUUUCGCAUAUUUCUAACUCCAACUGAGUAAAUUUAUAUUAGAACAUCAUACUAAGAAACUACACAAUAAAUUAAAUGUUAUUCUUAUUCAGAAAUAAAAAUACGAAUUUCAGA